CUGUGUCAGGGAGUCAGAAGAGAGUCUGGACAAGUCGGUUGGGCAGAGUCCCUAGGUUGGUCACUGACCAACAAGGAGAGUGGCCAGAGGUCUGGAGAAAGCCUCAUGUAGGGGUCAAGCCUUCUCCUUGACCAGAGACCUCAGAAAUGUGAUAUACAUGAACAAAGUUUUGAACAGAGAUCAUACCUCAACAACCAUAAACGUGUACACAGGUCAAAAGCAACAAAUAUAGUUCACGAUUCUGGUGAAAUCUUCAGUGCAAACUUACUGGUAAAAAAUAGAAAAUUACUACAGGGGAAAAGAUUGCACUAUUGUGUUUGCCGUGGGAAGACCUUCAGGCACAGUGCUAAUCUUGUCAAGCAUCAGCGGCUUCACAGUGAAGAAAAGCCCUACGAAUGUGAGGAAGCCUUCACCUGGAGCUGUGAGUUUAUCAAUCACCCAAGGAUCGAUAGGGAGAUCCCCUAUCGAUGUGAUGAGUGUGGGAAGACAUUCAGUCGGAAACCCAACCUCACGAAGCAUCAAAGGAUUCACAAGGAGAAGCCCUACGAGUGCAGUGAGUGUGGGACCUUUAGUGCCUCUUCCUGUGUUUAUCACCAGAGAAUUCACACUGGAGAGAAACCAUCUAAAUGUAGUGACCAUGGAAAAGCCUUCUGUGAUGGCUCAAUUCUUACCCAAGAUCGUUGGACUCACACUGGAGAAAGCCAUUUAUCAAAACGAUGUGGCAAAGGCUUUACCUAAAGUUCCAGCCUCAGCCAACAUCAGAGAAUUUACUCUGGGGAGAAACUCUGUCACUGUAAUGAAUGUGAAAAAUCUUUUGGUCAAAACUCAUUGCUUAUUUGUUAUCAGAGAACACACACAGGAGAAAAGCCCUAUGACUAUGAAUGCAGUGAAUGUCUAAAAGGCUUCAUUCAGAUGGCAAACCUUAUUCAGCAUCAAACAAUUCAUAUUGGUGAAAAACCUUAUUGCUGUGAACAGUGUGAAAAAGCCUUCAGUCAGAACUCACAUCUCACUCUGCAUCAGAGAACUCACACUGGAGAGACACCUUCCCAGUGUAAAGGAUAUGGGGAACGCUUUGGCCAGAGCUCAUGGCUUACCCAGCAUCAGAGAACCAUCCUUGAAGUGGAUUCGAGUGACGUGUGCAGUGUGACUGUGAUUAUACUUUUUCUGAGUGCCAAAAGAGCCGAUAGAAAGUGA